AUGGCUACUACUGUAUACAACCUCCGGUCGGUGGUCGGUGGCUGCCGUGGUGAUCUCCGCCAUUCUCGCGUUCGUUUACCCUUCCUCUUUCGAUUGACGGAUCUUGUAGCAACGGCAUCCCAAAUUAGCUUCUAUUCUUCAACCGGAAGCGAGAUUCGGUGGGAUGCGGCCCGCUCCGUGGGUGCCAGUCGCCAGGGAAUGAAGUUGAUCUUGAGUGGCAUGGCGACUAUGGUUGCCGCCGCGACUGUCAUCGGCAUUGCGUCGUGGCUUUCAGCUCAAGGAAUUUGGAAUGUGAUGAGUCGGUGGCUGUGUGCCUUGUUGAAUAUCAGAGGAGAUACGAAGACACCGUUGGAGCAACAGUCUGGGCCUUCGGAUUUGAGAAGUUUAUACUACAACAGAUCACGCUUUUGGACGCUUAUUGGAUGUGGUGUGACUUUUGGACUAUGGAUCGUUCGACCGGCCAUACCCUUCAAUCAUAUGACUGGGGCUCUUCCCUUUGUCAUGCUUGGCGAAGGCUCUCGUGCCCGUCGGAUUAAUGUCGACUCGUUUCCUCUGCCGGAAUUGUUGGCUCCAGAGUUUCACGAGCCUGCCAAUGGCCAUUAUAAAGGAUGGGCGCCGGUCAUGAGUGAUGAUGCUAAUCGAGGUUAUGGCAAUAAUAAACCUGCUUGGGCGCAGGGUCCCUUGCCUCUUGCGUUCGAGAGAUGGAUUGUCAAUCCAGAAGCCAACAUGACUGGAGUUACGGAUAAAUCUCGAACCCAGCUAUCCCAGAGAGGCGAUCGUGGCCAUUCAAAUAAGACGAUGGGGCCACGAGAAUACUUCUAUAACCCCAGCCAGGAUCCCAUGCGGAUUAGCAACCUCGAUCUGGAUCCGCUUGAUCCUUUGCAGGAGGCCUUGAAGGAUCAUGCCAUCCCGAUCAACCACAUUGUCUUUGUGUUUUUGGAAAGCGGCCGGAAAGACCUCUUCCCCCUCAAGACCGACUCUCAUCUUUAUGAACAAAUCCGUGAGACCCAUGACAUCCACUCGGAUGAAGAUCUCGAUGACUUGCAUGACAAGCUGUCUUUGAUUACUCCAUUUGCAGAAAUACUCACGGGAGAAGAAUCCGGAUUCGGUCAAUCCAAGGGAGUAGAUACGGAACGUGGAGGUAUCAGCUUUAAUGGAAUCCUGUCUGGAAGCAGUCUCAGCGCCAAAUCCCGUCUUGUCAACUACUGCGGUCUUGGUCCCCUACCUGUGGACUUUAUGCAUGAGAAUGAUAUCAUUCCAUAUCAACCGUGUCUAAUGCACAUCUUGGAUCUAUUCAACCAGCGCAAGAAUGCCACAUCUCGCUCUGGAAAUUCCACCAAUGACCCCCGUGAGCGGGAAUGGCAAACACUCUACGCGCAGUCGGUUACUGGAGAGUUCCAGGACCAAACUGAACUCAUGGACUUGCUUGGUUUCAACCAGUCCCUAUACUCUGAGGAUAUCGAUCCCACCACUGCGAAAUACUACCACGAGGAUAUGGAGAAGAUUAAUUACUUCGGUUACGCCGAAACCGAAGUCAGUCCUUAUAUCAAAGACAUGAUCAACGAAACUCUGUCUCAAAACAAGAGGCUAUUCCUGUCCCAUUUCACUAGUACCACCCACCACCCCUGGGGAACACCUGAAGGAUACCGCCGCGAAAAGUACUUCGGAGACAAGCACCAUUCACAGCACGAAGCAAUGGACGAUUUCCUCAACGCAAACAGUUUCGUCGACGCCUGGCUAGAAGAACUAAUGGGCAUGCUCGCCGAUGCCGGCAUCGCAAACGAAACUCUGACUGUCUUCGUGGGAGACCAUGGCCAAGCCUUCCGAGAAGACAGCCCGGUAACAGGAACCUAUCAAAACCCGCACAUUUCGAACUUCCGCGUCCCACUCCUAUUCCACCACCCCCUCCUACCACGCCUACACAUCAACGUCAACGGCAGCGCAAUGUCCAUCCUACCCACAAUCCUCGAUCUCCUAAUAACAACAUCCUCCCUGAACGAAUUGGACACGACAAUCGCCCAAGACCUAAUCAACGAAUACGAAGGCCAGUCCCUAAUCCGCCCCUACCGCACCUCCCACAACGGCCGCGAAGCAUGGAACAUGGGCGUCAUCAAUGCCGGCGGGACCAUGCUUAGUGUCGGGUCGGCUGCUGUGCCGUGGCGGUUGAACUUGCCGCUGAACAACGACUUCGAGUAUCGGUUCACGGAUCUAGAGAAGGAUCCGUUGGAGUUGCAUCCUGCGACGGCUUGGUCUAUGGGUGGUCUGACUGCGGAGGUUUAUUCGAAGUUUGGGGCUGAGGCUGUGGAUUGGGUUAUUAAGGCUGAGAAGGUGGGGCUUUGGUGGGUUACUGAACGGAAGAAGUUGUGGAAUUAUGAGGAUGAGGAGGAGGAGUGA